AUGAUCACUUCUUCUAUCUACAAUGCAAUGACCGAAAAUACCUUUUUCAACGACUGGACAAACCGAAAGAUUGACUUCGGUCGUGGGCCUAGCUCGAUGUGGACCCUGGAUAGGCUUUACGGCGAGAAGAACAGCCAGGUCGAUGAUGAACGGUAUUACGAGUACCAGUGUAUCGGCAGCGCCUAUGGCACUUUCUUGUGUCAGAACGUGAUGGACAGUACUUCUCGCGGUGUGAUGAAAAUCUUUAUGCAAGAUUGUGUCAACUCAGGGAUUGUACGGGGGCUCCAUGAAACAGAGCACGUCUUAUGGGACGCAGCAACAUACAAGAGUUAUAUCACCAGCUUUAGAAUGAGUGGGCCUGCAGGGGAAAGUGACGAGUGGCGGGAUGAUGAGUUGAUUGUUUGGAGCAUGGCACAGACUCAAAAUAAUCGUAUCUGGUUUGAGGACCCAAAUAAACACCCGGACAUGAGCACCUGGACUCUUUGA